GCGUGAAACAGGACUCAGAGAGAGAGAUAUAGUGAAUAAAACUGAUAAGGAGAGGAAGAUUAUCGUUUUAUGUCAACUUGGGGAAGAGGAAUUCAGAGCACACUACUGGAGACUGAGCCUAUAAAUACUGCAAUAUUCCCAUCAGUCUACAAGUGAGGACGAGCAUCAGACCUUCAGACAGAAGUCAAAUCUGAGUUUAUUGAAGGACAGUGGGAAGAUGAGUGAUCCAGAACCCUGCAGAAUUACAGAUGAAGACACUGAAGAACAAACAGGUGGCUGUCGAAGGAAAAAGGGACCGGUGAACCAGGAAGUCUGUGCCAGGCAUGAUGACGACCUUAUUGAAGAGAUGAAGGAGAGUGAAGAUGAUGAACUCCUAAAAGCUGGAAAAAUACCACAUUUACAGACUGAAGAUAAUUUGUUCAUGCAAAGAGACAAGAAUCGUUUGACCUGCAGUCAGUGUGGAAAGAGUCUGGCAAGCAAAAAGAGUCUUAAAGAACACAUGAAGAUCCACACUGGAGAGAAACCAUUCACAUGCAUUCAUUGUGGGAAGAGUUUCAGACGUUCAUCAUCCCUUAAUGAACACACGAUGAUCCACACUGGAGAGAAAACCCACAGAUGCGAUCAUUGUGGCAAAACAUUUUUGAGGGCGUCAGGGCUGAAAGUCCAUCUCAGAGUUCAUACAAAGGAGAAGCCUUAUUCAUGCUCUGAGUGUGGAAAGAGAUUUACAAAGCAGUUACAUUUAAGACGACAUCAGAAGAUCCACGCUGGUGUAAAAGAGUAUGUGUGCUUUGAGUGUGUGAAGACUUUUAUCACAGCUAUAGAAUUGAAACGGCACCAGAGGAUCCACACUGGAGAGAAACCGUACAAGUGUUCACACUGUGAUAAGAGAUUCAGUUGGUUAGAAAUUCUGAAAAAGCAUGAGAGGAUUCACACUGGAGAGAAACCGUACAAGUGUUUACACUGCGAUAAGAGAUUCGGUCAGUUAGAACAUCUGAAAACACAUGAGAGGAUUCACACUGGAGAGAAACCAUAUAAGUGUUCAUACUGUGACAAGAGAUUUAAUCAGUUAGGAACCAAGAACCAGCACCAGAGGAUUCACACUGGAGAGAAACCAUUCACUUGCACUCAGUGUGGGAGGAGUUUCAGACACUCAACUGCUAUUAAUGAACACAUGAGGAUCCACACUGGAGAGAAACCAUUCACAUGCACUGAGUGUGGUAAGAGUUUCAGUCUCUCAUCCUCCUUCAAUCUUCACAUGAGGAUCCACACUGGAGAGAAAACCCACAGAUGUGAUCAAUGUGGCAAAACAUUUUUGAGGGCUUCAGACCUGAAACUCCAUCUCAUAAGUCAUACAAAGGAGAAGCCUUAUUCAUGCUCUGAGUGUGGUAAGAGUUUUGCGCAUCAGCCCUAUUUAAGACUACAUCAGAAGAUCCACGCUGGUGUAAAAGAGUAUAUGUGCUUUGAGUGUGAGAAGACUUUUAUUAAAGCCGAACAUCUGAAACAGCACCAGAGGAUUCACACUGGAGAAAAACCUUACAAGUGUUCAUACUGCGACAAGAGAUUCGGUCGGUUAGAACAUCUGAAAACACAUGAGAGGAUUCACACUGGAGAGAAACCAUACUCCUGUGAUCAGUGUCUGGAGAGUUUCACACACUCGGUGCAGCUUAAGAAACACAUGAAUAUCCACACAGGAGAAAAGCAGCACACAUGACAUCAAUGCAGAAGAACUCUCUGGUGUGUAAGGCUGUUUUGAAUCAGGAGUGAAGGUGAAAAGACCAUAAUCACACACAACAUUAAAAUAUGAGCAGAAAAACUGAUUUUGUUUGUUAUUAGAGAAACUCUGAAUUCAGGUUUGAACAAUGUAAUGCUUAACUCAUUUCCAUUCUUGAUUCACGUUUAUCCUCUUUCAGUUCGUGACCUCGUUGUUUCUUAUUCUGCAUUUUCUGCUUUUGCGCAGUAUAAUUUUACACACAAUGUCAAUUUUUAGAUUUACAUCAGAGAUAAACUGGUGUGUGAGUGGAAAGUCUUUCCAUUUGUCUUGAGUAUUUGUUUCGUAUAUCAUAUAUCAUAUCAUUCCUAUUAUCAACAGAGUUUCAAGAUUCUCACCAUGUUUACUAUGUAUAGAUAUUUUAAUUAUUUCAACUGAUCGACAGAUUGAAAUUUUCAAUAUUAAAGCUUAUUCAAUGUUUACAUUUAUAUAGCUUGUUAAUUGCUUAAGAUGAGUUUAGAUUUCGAUAUCAGCUGUGACAGAUGUUCAGGUAAAUCAUCCUGAAAUUAAUUACUCGGUGUUCUAAAUUUAUUUAUAAAUACGCGUCUGGCGCCAUCUUGUGCGUCUCUCUCACUCUAGGAUUAAUUUCAUGCCAGUUUUGUGUGUAGUUUUCAGCAUCAGGUCGAUUUGCGACAUCUCUUAUAUUAAAG